UUGGUGUCAUCCCGUUUCUGUGGUUUUGCCUAGUGCACCACCUUCUAUCACGCCGACACAGGUGUCUUUCAAUCAGGUCCGCUCUCAGUAGUUCCCUCAAGCCCUCAAAGCAUCCCCUUCCUUUGCCAUCGUUCUUUGCCCCAUCAUGUUCUCCAAACGCACCUUCCUCGCUCUUUGCACCCUCGCGGCGUCCUCUGUCUCUGUGCAGGCCAAGCAGAGCUUCGAGACUGAGACUUUCUGUGCCACCGCCACGAUCGCUAUCAGCACCGUCGUCCACACGCACACCCAGACCGUGGUCAGCACCCACACAGUGACGAGCACCGCCGUUUCAUCCACCAGCACGUCCGCGUCAUCUUCUUCUGGCUCUAGCUCGAGCAGCAACAACAGCGGAAGCAGCAGCAGCAGCAGCAGCAACAACAGUGGAAGCAGCAGCAGCAACAACAACAGCGGAAGUAGCAGCAGCAGCAGCAGCAGCUCUGGAUCUAGCAACAACUCUGGCAGCAACAACUCCGGAAGCGCGGUCACCACCUCCGACAGCGUGGCCGCGUCGACAUCCUCCGCGGUCCUGGCUCUCUCUACCGCGGGUUCGAGCACCACUACUGCCGUUUUGGCCACGUCCACCGGUGGUGUCACAGAUGCGACUGCCGCCCAGACCUCGCUCACCCUGGACCCGAAUGUCAUUUGCCCCAACUUCACCGACGACGGACAGAAUCCUCCGGUGACAGGUCAAAGCGCGUCGCAGACCUCGACGAACAACUACAUUAACUUCUGUGCCCUGACGCUGCCGGGCACGCCGUUGACGAACGGCGCCCAGGUCACCACCGGAUCUUGCAACCCCGUGCCGAUCGGCUCGAUCCCCUCCACCAGCAACAUGCCCUCGUCCAAGUUCCAGUUCCCGAAGAACUUCGGCACGGUUGAUGCGCUGGUUCCGUUCAACCUGACGAUGAAGAUCCGGGGCAUGCAGACCGGUGCAUUCACCAACGCGGCGUCGACGUACUACGCCGCCCCGCAACAGCUGAACUCGGCCGGCCAGAUCAUCGGUCACACUCACUUUGUUGUUGAGAGCUUGAGCACGAUCGACCAGACUACCCCGAACGACGCGCGCAAGUUCGUCUUCUUCAAGGGUAUCAACAAUGCCGCGGACUCCAACGGCUUGCUCUCCACCUCGGUGACCGCUGGUCUGCCCGUGGGCUCGUACCGUGUUUGCUCGAUCAACACUGCGAUGAACCACCAGCCGGCAAUUGUCCCGAUUGCCCAGCACGGUUCCCUUGACGACUGCAGCUACGUUAGUGGAUAG